AUGCCUGUCUACCUUAUUUCCAGGAUCGCGGAUCCCCUCUUCGCCCUGACCAUGGGUGUCUCUGCUGCUCUCACCCGUAUACGCCGUGAUCAGUGUGAAAAGUACCCCGAGAAAGCAUCAGAAAUCAGCUACGGAACCAUCGUGCAGACGGGUGGACAGCGGUUACAACGGUGGUGGAACGGAGACUUCCAGGAUGUUUAA